UGUGGUUAGAGUAAGUCAAGUCCAAUGUUGUGUUUUGUUGUGGUGCUGCUGCAGGUGAUGCAGGACUGUCAAUUCUGCUAGUAGCGCCUUACCAAGACUGAGCAAGGGAGGGGCAGACCCAGCAGAAGUCAUAGACAGAUAAUUGGAUCCAAUCACGCUGUGGUGAUGUAAUGCAGGUGUGCAGGAGGAAGGCUCUGGCAAGCUAUGUUUCAUGGGAUUUGGACAGAACCGUCAACCACCGAGGAAGGUCGGCAGAAAAACAUACGUCGGGGCUCCAAGCUGAAGCAUGAGGAAAAAAAUCCUUGCCUCAAGGAACAUGACAUGUCAUUCAAGUGUCUAGAAGAAUCUUCCUACAACAGGAAUGCUUGUGGUGAAUAUUUUGAAAACUACAAAAAGUGCAAAGAAUUCUGGGGCAACGUGCGUUCAGAGAGACGAAGGGCUGGUAUCGUACCUCAUCUGCCACCUGCUGAGGAGCGAGACAAGAUCAAGGCAGAGUAUUUGGAGAAUAGGAGAAGGAAAUAUCAGCAGCAACAACAGCAAGAACAGCAAUAGCAGAUGAUCAUUGGAAACAGAGUCAGAUAUGGUUAGUUUGUAUGCAAUGGCUCAAGGAGGUGAAAAUUUACAUACAUUAUAUUAUGUACAGUAGAUGGCAGUCUUGAUUGUCACUGAACAGGCUGAAAAUCAUAUUCUGUUAACAUCAUUGAACAUUUUGAUUGAUGAGUGGGCAUUUACUACAUUUGAACCUGAGGAUGGGUUGUGUGGUGUUUCAAAGGUCUCAGUCUUAUCUAGAACUAUAUAAGCUUUAAGCUGGUGGUCAUGAAUUCAGAAUGUGACCCUAGAGACUGUGGUAACACACACACACACACACACACAUAUACACACACACACACACACACACACACACACACACACACACACACACACACACACACACACACACACACACACACACACACACUAAGAAGAGAAGUUUGGGUUUAUUGUGGAAUCUUGGUGUACCAGAUUUUUGUUAUGUAGUCUUGUAUUUUAGUGUCACUAUAGUCUAUCUCUACUGUGACACUAUUUGCAUAUAAUAUAUGAUGAUGAUGGCAAGCAAUUAAAGAAAUAUGAGUGGU